CCAUCGCAUCGGUUUUGCUCAGUUGUGCAGUUUUGCAAGCUGCUAACUGGGAUUACACACGCCAUCGGCUCAUCCAACUGGACUGUAUGUCAGGUGCACAAAAUGACGUAAGACACGCGUUUUAGAUGAUGAGCCCCCGGGAACCGAAACUUGGCCAGCGCGUUGAGGUAACGGGUAAACAUCUGCAAGGUAAGGUCGCCUAUGUGGGACGCACUAACUUCGCCGCCGGCCUCUGGUACGGCGUGAUUCUGGACGAGCCGCUGGGCAAGAAUAAUGGUAGCAUCCAUGGCAAUGUAUACUUCAAGUGCCCCACCAACUGCGGUCUGUUUGUGCGUGCCCAGCAGCUGGUGAGGAUUGCGGAGUUGCCCAAAGGAGCGGAUAAUCAAAAAGCCGAUGAAAUGCAACGUGAGGGGGCCCGAGCGAAACUCACGAGGCGGAGUGGUGGGGCGAAGUCCGUGGAGGAGCAUGAUAACCAGAGGGAUCCGAUGGCCGGACCUAGUGGCAAAGCGAAGGGAGCUCCCUCAAGUCCAGCGUCACCGCAGCACCGGACCAGAAAUACUCACUCUCCCCGAGAUCAGACAUUGGCCAAGACUUCUGGGAAGUUUUUGGUAGCUCAGCAGCAACCCCUACAGCUUCCAAAGAACUCAAGUGUGCCUGAAGUUGAACAUCAGAAAGCGCAGGUCGUGGAAGAAGUAAAAGGUUCUUCUAAAAAUGCAUCAGCUUUACUGCAAUCUAAGGAGCUUCCCAGGCAGAUGGAGUCCCAGGAUCCCACUGAAUCUGUAAAAAUGGAUAGCGACCCGGUUAAAAAUCCGGAAGAAGCACAGCAAGCGAGGGAUGCAGCCAAGCGAGAGUCUACCGAUCCGCUCCAGACCAGCACAAUUGGAGAGUUGCAGGCCCAGCAGCGGGCUGCAAAGCAACUCACACCGCCAGCAAUGACCUGCAACCAGCGGCGAUCCACGUCGUACACGCAGCUAAGACCGACUAGGAUCAGCCAACCAAAGCCAACCACAGCUCAGGCUCAGAACUCAACGGCGCAGUUGACAUUGGCCAUGCCGGUGCCCCUGGCCUUGGCCCCGAAACGGAGCAAGACGAGCAUGAGUCCGACGAGUUGUGUGAAACGAGCAGCGCCUGCUGCCUUUGUGGAACCGGGUUUCCUGGAGAUUCUGCGGCCGCAGUUCACCCCGGGACCUGCUCUACGAACACCCAGCACAGCAGCUCCUCCGGUUGACAAUCCGGAACUCCGGCAAUUGAGGGAGGAACUUCAGUUACUGAGAGUUCAAAAGAGCGAAGACAAACUAAAGCUACUGGAGCUGGAGCGGAUGAGGAUUCAUAACGAGCAACUCAUGGAGUUUAAGUCACAGAUAAUGACUCAGCAGGUGCUGCUGCAAAGGGAGCUCCAAAGGUCUCGGAACGAACUACGGGAAGCUCAGGACGUUUCCUCCAAAUUCAAAAGGGAGCUAGAUGAAAUAGCCGAGAGCAUCGAGCUGCUCACCCUGGACAAGGAAAUGGCGGAGGAACGGAUGGAGACUCUGCAAAUGGAACUGGAGAUGGCACAAGAGCGGAAUGACGAACUUAGCUUGGACGUGGAGAUCCUGAAAGCUGAGCAGGAGGAGCAGAUGGGUCAGCGCAUUGAAAAGAAUGAGAAGCAAGUGGGAAUUGGUGGAACACCACAAUCCGCCGGCGAGUUCCUUCGGCUAGAACAGUACAAUCAACGGCUCCGGGAAACGGUGGUUCGGCUAAGGGACACUCUCGCCCAGGAGAAGCAAAGCAGUCAACGCACGCACAAGGAACUGGAGACCAAGCACUCGGAGAUCAACGAACUAAAGAAUAUCAAGGAGUUGCUCAGCAGAAGGGUGGACCACAUGGAGGUGCAGCUGAUGGAUUUGAAAGAACAAGUGGACGCUUCUCUGGGAGCAGAGUCCAUGGUCACGCAACUGGCUUGCCUGAAACUGGAGCUGGAAGAUCGUGUCAAGCUGCUGGAGGACGAAGUUUACGAGCUAGAGGCCUUGGAACAAAUCCAAGAGCAACUUAUUGAAAGUAACCAGGAGCAGGAAAAUGAUUUGCGCGAGGAGAUCGAUAAGCUGGCUGGUCAGGUGAAGAUUCUGGAGCAGCAGAAGAACGCAGCCAUGGAGAGCCUCUACGAUCGCGACGUGACCAUCAUGAAAUUCCGUGACCUGGUUAGGCAACUUCAAGAGCAACUCCAAGUCCGAGCAGAUGGGACUCUGUCCAUCGAGGAUUUUAGCAGUGCCAACGAGUCGCAGCAGGAGGAGGCCUCCAAUCAGAGCCAGACGGAUUACCAGCACAUCUUCAGUGUGAGUAAGGCGUAUGGCCGGGCUCUGGAGCAGCAGAUUAAGGCUGUGGAGCUGAGGCUUCAGUGCCAGCACUUGGAGUAUGUCCUCGCCUUCGUUCCCGAGCAGUUCCUCUUGCGGGGAGGAGAGCAUGAUGUGGUGCUGGUCAUGCUUCUCCUGGAACGGAUGAACGAGAAACUGACCAUUGUGUGUCAGGCCAUCAACGAAAAGUUUCCCGCGGCCUGCGAAUUCGGGCGCGAUGCCAUAUUUGAGGGCUACUCCGUGCAGCGGUAUAUCUUCCGGUCGCAGUGCCUGUACCUGCUGAAGAGCCUCCAAUUGGUUCUCCAGCAGUUCCGCCAUGGACUCAACCAUUGCGACUACGAGCUGUGCACCCAUGCGGCCAUUUACCGAAGUGACCUGGAAGCCCAGGAGCAGCAGCUGGAUGAGUUCGUGCGCCUUCUGAAAACGGGACAACUGGAUGAGCACACAAACUGCGAGCCCAUCCAGAGGGUUCUUCACUAUGUGAGUGGGUUGCACCAGAACCUAAUGCCGCCUCAAACGUUGGUGGAGCUCCUGGACGAGCAGCAGCUGUAUGGAACCCUCAUUGAGGUGUACGAAGCAGGGUUGGAUGCUGUGAAUGCCAACGCAGGUCUGAUGCACACCAUCAUCCAGCUGGGAGACGAGCAGACCGCCUCCUUCCAUUGCAUGCAGCUGCUGAUGGAGACGAGCUGUGCCCAUAAGCAGAAACUGAAGAAGCUGCAGAGGAAGCUGAGUAGCAGUAAGACGGCUUCGUGGACGGGAAUGCAGUGUGCCAGGUACCAACGAAUCCUGGAGGCCAAUGAAGCGCUAGGUGCACUUAUCAGAUUGCUGGGCUCCACUGCUCGGGAGGCGAGCAAGGAUUCCAACGGCGGUGUAGCCCACGAGAAGCUGUGGAGGGUGCUGGUGCUCAACUACAAUAAGUUCGCUCCUGCCUGCCAGGAGGCGGAGGAGCCCAAGGAGGUGGAUGCCUAUAGUCAGAGGUGCAUGCAACUCCUGGAAGAGCAGCUGGACGAGCUUUUUGCACUCCUAGAAUCCACGGAUGUGAACACGGAGUAUGUGCGUCAUCCGGUAAGCAACACAUUGCAGGAACGAGCUGCCCAAGUGAAGCGCCACUACGAGGACGUGAAAACUCUUGAGCUGACCGUUGGGGAGCGGGACAAGGAAAUUAAGAGCCUCAAGUACAUGGCCAAGAUGAAGAUGCAGGACUUCUCCGAGCUGCAGAUCCGCAAGGAGAUGGCCGAGAAGCAGCUCAGCAAGCAAUGCCAUGUGCUCGCCGGAUUCGCAGAGGCUGUGGAGCACCUGGAGCAGUCCAUUCUGGCCAAGGAGGCUGCCCUGGGACAGGCCUUGACCAUACUGGCCGAUAAGAUCUCAAUUCUGGAGCAGGCGCAGCAGACCUGGCGGGAGCAGCAGCAGGCGGAUAGUGCCUGUGUGACCAGCACUGCGAUUAGUUCCAACCGGGAGAUGACCAUGUUGCACCAGGCUCUCCGUCAGGAGCGUUCACUGCGCGUGCAGCUGCAGGGCAGCGAAAUGAGAAAGACAUUUGCCGCCUUGGAACCGCUGCAUGUGCCCCAGAGGGGAAGUCAGGAGCUGACCAACCUGGAGAAGGACCUGCGCUCCCUGAAGAACCAGUGGCUGCUGGCCCAUCUUGACAUGGGAGGGGCGGGAAGUCAGCGGCGCUUGGAGAUCGAGCUGCAGGGCAGCCGCAUCCUGCGACAUAUCUUCCAGACAUAUUGCACCCAGCAUCCGCAUCGGGCCAAGAGCACAGACUUUGGGCUAUUCAUAAGCGACGAUCUGCGGCUGGCAUUCAGUCCGGGUUUCUAGUUCACAUUAGUUAGUGUGUUUCGGUCAUAACAAACGUAUUUGUGAUUCGCUGCUUGCAUAUAGUAUGAAAUUCUAUCUAUAAUUAUUUGUACAAUAUUAGCUAUUAUAUACAUAAACUCCUAUAUAUACAUAUAUAUGCAAAACUGUACAAUUCUAUAGUUCAUGUCGUGUUUAUCGGGCAAUAAACCAACUUACUUGACUUAGACAAAUUA